AUGUCGCGCUACAUUCUUACGGUAAUCGCAGCCGCUGGUCUGGCCCUCGCCAAGACAGACAUCGAAGGCUGCACCUCCUUCACCUCCACCGUCACCGUCCGCACCGAGAUCGGCUACGGCAACACCUACGAGACAGUCAUCUGGUACGUCCCAGACACCCUCGAGAUCUGCCGAGGCGUCGACUGCGGUGGCGGUCGAGCCCCGCCCCGUAAGGUUCCCGGGUGCCCCAUGUACUCCGGCACGGAAACUGUGACGGCGAGCUUUCUGUCAACAGACCCGGCCGCCCCGGUGAGCACCGUACUCACCGUUACGCCUACGAAGACUAGCACUGUUGCGCUUGUGACGGUGACAACGACGGGCAGGACAGCCAGCGGGGCCGCGGAAUCGGGCGCUUCGGGGACGGGCGCGAGCGCAUCGGCAACUGGCGGCAGCCUCGAAGCUACCACCGCUUCUACGACGAGCCACACCAAAAUGUCGAAGCCUACAGUCAUCCUCGUCCACGGAGCCUGGCACUCCCCUGCUCACUAUCGGGAGUUCCUAGAUAUCCUCGAGAAGAAAGGAUACCCGUGCGUCUGUCCGAGCUUGCCGUCUGGCGGCAACCCCUCACCGGAAAACCCGCCAGAGGCAGAUGUUCGGUGCAUCAGGGAGACGAUCCAAAAAGUGGCGGACCAGGGAAAGGAGAUCAUUGGCAUCGCACACUCAUACGGCGGUAUCAUUGCUACUGAGGCAUUUGCAGGAUUUGGCGUCAAGACUCGAGCGACCGUGGGCAAAGCCGGCGGCGUGAAGUGGCUCGUGUACUGCUGUGCUUUCAUCAUGGAGGGGAAUGAGACCAUGUACGACAUAGCUCCGCCAGAGCUGCUGCCGUGGCAGACUGUCGAGGGGAGCUUGAUAUGCUUCACCCAAGGUUAUGAUAUGGGCGCUCUCUUCUACUCGGAUUUGUCGAAGGAAGACCAGCAGAAAUGGGCAGCCUUGAUGACGCGCUUCCCCAAAGCGUGCGCAAAAUACGCCACCAAGAGGAAGGCUUACGAAGGCAUUGACACAACAUACAUCUACUGCGAAGAGGAUGCUUUGUUUUCUGUGGUCGCACAGAGGAUCUUGGUGGGCAGAGUGAGAGAGCGUGGCUUCGAAAUUAAAGAGGAAAGUUUACCGGCAGGGCACUUCCCGAUGUUGAGCAUGCCAGAUAGACUGGCGGAGAUCAUCUUCAAGUUGCCUCUUCGAGGGUCGAAGCUAUGA